AUGACAACACCGGAAGCUUGUUCUACAUCUAUAACUCUCGAACAACCAUAUGGAAAUAUAUCAACACGAUGUAUACCUGGUUGGCUUCGUCGACCGUUACCUAAUGUAGCCAUACCGUUUAAUUCUGAAGAUGGCAAACGUUUAUUUCGUGAAGCACUUCUUACUGAUGGUUUACAUGGAUAUUUUAGUUUAGCUGAAACAUUUCAUACUCAAGCUGAACCUUCAUAUUGUGGUCCUGGUACACUUUCAAUGGUAUUGAAUAGUUUAAAUAUUGAUCCAGGUUCUAUAUGGAAAGGUAAUUGGCGUUUUUUUGAUGAAAAUACACUUCGUACAUGUGAUAAACGUAAACCAAAAGAUAAUCCAUUAGAGAAUGUUAUGGAACAAGGAAUUACAUUCGAAGAAUUUCUUUACCUAGCUGAAUGUAAUGGUGCUUCAAUUAUUCCAUUUCUUGCUUCAAAUACAACACUUGCACAAUUUCGUUCAGCUAUAUUAGUUGCUUGUACACGUCGUUUAGAUGAUAUUCGUCUUGUAUGUAGUUAUAAUCGAAGCACACUUGGACAAACAGGUACAGGACAUUUUUCACCAAUAGCUGGAUAUCAUUCACAACAAGAUCUUGUUCUUAUACUUGAUGUUGCAAGAUUUAAAUAUCCAUCACAUUGGAUACCUAUUGAAUUACUUUGGCAAUCAAUGUGUACGAUUGAUUCAAUAACAGAAAAAUCUCGAGGAUUUUAUUUAAUUUCCAAAUGGUCAAAUGAUUUGACUAUUCAAUGUGGUAUCAAAAGUUGUAAAGAUAUCGAUGAACCAAAUACAUCAAAUAAUAGAGUAUUCUGUUCAUCUGAAGAAAGUCUUUUACUAUUUAUUGAUAAUUAUCUUCUUCCUACAAUUGAUUUAACUUUAUCAAUUGAAUUAUUAAUUACAACUAUUUUACAAUCAUUAACACCUGUGGUCAUACAAUUGACGACAAAAUGGGUAUUUGAUCUUAUGCAAAAAUAUCGUUUAAAUGCUGUAUCUCAAUCUAAAUGUAUUGAAGAAUGUAAAUGUAUUAAUCUUUUCAAAUUAUAUCCAUCAUUUCUACCGGACAAUGUCAAUCAUUCUCUAGAAAAUAAUAAUGAAUGUCAAAAACCUUGUGCUCGUGUUACUCGAUCGCAUAUUCAUGCUUAUGCAAUGCCUACUAGAUGUGCGCUUAGUCCGUUUAUUGAACUAUUUGAAAAAGAUACUAAUCGAAAACUUUAUCAAAAACUUAAAGAAAUGAAUAUUGAACAGUAUUUAACUAUAACAAAAGAUAAAACAAUAUAUUUAUUUGGUGGUUUUUCAUCAAUAAUUGAUGAUAAUGAAAUAACUCGUCGAAUUGAAUGUGGAUUAGCAACGAUAUUUUUUUAUGCACUUCGAACUGAAAAAUUUCUUUCAACGAUUGACAUAUUUGAUUCAAAAGAUGUUUCUUCGGAAUUAAAAGACGAAAUUAAUUAUGCUAAAACUUGUUUUGGGCUUUUGUAA